GCCAGUUUGCACUGGUUUGCAUACUUCUUUUAUUAGAAGAAAAGACAAAAAUACUAGAUUGAAUAUAUAUCCCGUUUAUAUUCAUGUGUUUAUACAUAUCGAACUUCGUGCUCUGUUUAUUUCUGCUAUUUAUGGACUAGCGUUACAAGAGCUAAACUUCAAAUCGUAAAAGAUGCAAUUUGUUGCAGAAAUUAGAAUGACGCGGUAAUAUUCUACUAUAUUCGAGUCUAAAUAAUUUUUCCUUUGAGAUAUGUAUUGUGAGAUUAUAUGUAAGAAUCGGUAGAACUUCGCCAAAGCCGAUUGACGAGCAGCAGAUACAUAAAUAUGUCGACGAUGGAAGGCUCACUCAGCAAGUGGACAAAUGUUGUUAAUGGAUGGCAAUAUCGGUGGUUUGUUUUGGAUGACAAUGCUGGUCUUCUAUCAUAUUAUACGAGCAAAGAGAAAAUGAUGCGUGGAGCUCGUCGUGGUUGCGUACGAUUAAGAGGUGCUAUUAUUGGUAUUGAUGAUGAAGACGAUAGUACAUUUACCAUCACAACAACUUCCUGCAAAGAUGAUCCAAAAACAUUUCAUUUCCAAACACGUAACGGCGAAGAAAGAGAACGUUGGGUUCGAGCACUAGAAGAUACAAUACUUCGACAUUCCCAUACGAGAUGGGAUCCUAAAAAAUCACCUCCUAAACACGAUUUUGAUCGCAAAGUAGCAGAGGCGGAUGUUUAUCUUCAACUUCUGAUUGAUCAAAUUAAAUUAAUUGAAGACAAACAAAAUGCAGCUGAAAAUGAAGAAAAGCAAGAAAAGUAUUCUACUAUUUUGGCACAGGCUAAUGCUAUGCUUAAUUCUGUUAAACAUACUAUUGUCCAAUUACAAAUUGCAAAGAACACAGCAAUACCUGUUAAUGGGAUAUAUAGAGGACCAUCAAAUUCUAUGCAUGUCUCAUCUCAACUUCCUCAUGUUGCAGCUGGAACACCAGAAGCGACAGUGCAAACUGGUAUUGAAUUAGGCUCUGAAUGUGUAGAACCAAGAAUAUCCAUAUUACCAAAUGUUGUAGACAGGGACUUACCAGUACCACAAUUCUCAUAUUCAUCGUCUGAUGAGGACGACGAUUACUUUGACGCCGCGGACGAAAUACAAACUCCGAUUGUUCAGAAUCACAUUACUCUAUGUCAAGGUAAUCGAUUGUAUUCACCCAUGGAAAACAUUAUGGGAGAUAAACGCAAAGAGCCGCCUCUACCGCCUAUCAAAGGCGAUGGAUCUGUAGAUUACGAUGCUCUUUACGAAGAAGAAAGCGAAACAGAAAUGGAUUCCAUGGAGAGUCAUGGGUCAGUCGUGACUCAUCUCCUGUCCCAAGUGAAGAUUGGUAUGGAUUUGACAAAAGUUGCCUUACCAACAUUUAUCCUAGAGCGCAGAUCACUCCUUGAGAUGUACGCUGAUUAUUUUGCUCAUCCUGAUCAGUUUGUAAGCAUUGCAGAUAUGCCUACACCUCGAGAAAGAAUGAUGCAAGUAAUUCGUUGGUACUUGUGUAGUUUUCAUGCAGGACGUAAAUCUGGUGUAGCUAAAAAACCAUAUAAUCCCAUAUUAGGUGAAAUUUUUCGAUGUCAUUGGAACAUACCAAACAUUAGUUCUUCUGAUAAUGCUACAGAUAAUAGCGUUAAACUUGUAUCAGAUGGUCCAGUACCAUGGUGUAAAGAAAAUCAACUUGCUUUUAUUGCUGAGCAGGUUUCUCAUCAUCCACCAGUUAGUGCAUUUUAUGCUGAGCAUGUUGGGAAAAAAAUUAGUUUUGGAGCUCAUGUUUGGACAAAGAGCAAGUUCUUGGGUUUAAGUAUAGGGGUACACAAUGUAGGAAAGGGUUGGGUAAAUGUACUAGAACAUGGGGAGGAAUAUGUUCUAACCUUUCCUAAUGGUUAUGGCAGAUCUAUCCUCACUAUACCAUGGAUAGAAUUAGGAGGAACUGUAACAAUAAAUUGUGUACAAACUGGCUACCAUGCAACAGUAGAAUUUUUAACGAAACCUUUUUAUGGCGGUAAACGGAAUCGGAUUACAUGUCAAGCAUUUCAAGCAGGAGAUAAAAAACCAUUCAUUGUUAUAAACGGAGAAUGGAGUGGAGCAAUGGAAGCAAAGUGGUCGGAUGGUCGCUGUGAAGUCUUUGAUGUAAGAGAACUUAAUACAGAAAGGAAAUUGGUUAAAACAGUAUGUGAACAGGAAGAGUGCGAAUCACGAAGAGUUUGGCGCGAUGUAACAGUUGGCCUACGUAUCAACGAUAUGGAUAAAGCUACAGCGGCGAAAUGUGCAAUUGAACAAAAGCAACGAGAUGAAGCAAGAUUUCGAAAGGAAAAUAAUAUGGCGUGGCAAACGAAACUUUUUAAGGAAACCAAAGACGGUGGCUGGAUGUACAUAAAACCUCUUGUAGAUAGAAUAUGUAGUUCUAAUGAUCAAAUGAAUAUCACAUAAUGUAAGAUGAUAUUACAUGAUAUUACAUGACACAGCAAAUAUAGCACAAUAGUAGAAGAAAGAUCAUGACCUAAUAAGAGGCCAUAAGAGCUAUAAUAAAAUAAGUUUAAUUCAAAAUACAUACUUUCACGCAUCUGAAUAAUUUCAUCGAAUAUUGUUAACCAUAAUAAUCAUUUAGUUAGUUUGAUUAGAAAGGAGACAACCUGAUAUUAUUCGCCGUUUUAUUUUUCGCGUCAUGUUUUAAGUUGAGUUUAUAUAUAAUAAACAUAUCUUUUCAACAAUA